GAGGGGCUACACUAUUAAAAGUAUAAUAAAAGUUACCAAGACACAAACGCAGCGUACGGUACUAGUUGUUUGGAGGGAGGUUGAAGGCACUCAUACAAGCGAGGGAGAGGCUGUGUUGGCGCGGGCCGGGGCCGCCAGUUUACCGUUGUGAGGCGCGUCGUGCGGCCGGACGCAGGACCGCCACAGUCGUGCGCCGCCGGCACCCCGACCCGGAGACCCGGUCACUCAUACAGCCGCUGCUCCUGCAGAACCACCCUGGACCACCACUCGAGGACUUGUAACCAACCCCUAACUGCACUCUUUGUGUCAAUAGACUUAUAUAUUUUGGGGUCCGGUUGUCUACAGUAGAGACGAAGUGUUAUGAACUCGUGCUGAUGUCACUGGAGUGUUAACCCGAAUUUAGAUUGUGGCUUGGAUCGUUUUGACUGUCAAGUUAAGAUUAAACCACACCUUCGCACGAAAUACUGGAAUCAUGGCAAACACUACCGAGCUCUUCACUGCCGCCACUGAGAGCCGUGUGUACUGAGUCUUUGCUAGGCAAGGCUUAGGCUGGAGUAAAUAAUGGGAAAAAGGAAUGUACGGAUCAAGUUCGCACACUCCAUUGGUCCACCCAUUACGUUGAGCAAGUUGGGCAAGCUCGAGUAGCCGCGCGCCGCUCCCGAACCGCACACUGCACUUUCAGUUACCGACGCACUAGCGACUGCCAAUAAAGUACAAGUCAUACCUGGUUAGAAUUCACAUACAUAUAUAAAAGUAGAUUUAUUUAUUGUAGUACAAAGGCAAACCUGAACAAUAAAGGUGUUAUACAUGCAACAAACCUGUGAACAGACGACUGCCGGGUCGUCUCCCUCGGUUACAGUAAUCGAAUCGGUAGUCAUGACGGCCACUGCCCCAGAAUUGUCAAAAUCAGAUUUUUUUGACUUCGUGACAUCGAACGAAGUUACAGACGCCCAGUAUAAACAACAGAUGCGUUCGGUGAACGUGUUUAUGGAAUCACCCGACUCCCGCUCUAACCCGUUGCUGUCGGAGGAACCCAAGGAGCAGAACAACAACAGCCUGCUGGCGGUGACGACUGCGCCCUCGCCGGCGCCCGCAGCCGCCAUGCCCGCCGCCUCCACCACGCUGCAGAGCUUCGACUCCAUCUGGAAUGUAGAUCGCGACCGGGACCGCCUCGAGACCGCGAUGCUAGAGGAUCUCAAUAAAUACUACUGGAACCAGGACAGCGAGAUAAACAGCGCGCACCCAUGUACUGACACCGCUAUUUCUAAUAAACUUAUCAGUAACAAUACGGAUGGACAAAUAUACACCCUCACGGUACUCAACCAAGAUAUACAUGAAUCAAGUACCAACAGGUAUUGGACCAAGGAAGAAGACGUAUCUAUGUCCAGCCCUACCGAUAUAGAUAAUAACUCCUCCUUAGAUCUUGAAUCCAUACUAAAUAUGAACGGAUUUCCAAAUGAUUUCAAUCAAGAUUCCUUGAGUUCUAAUGUGCUUCCGAAAGUUGAAAGCUAUAGCUACGAAGAAAGUGAAACGGAUAGUCAGAAUCCAGAUUUAGCCUCAAGUGAUCUAGUUAAAGUGGAACCCUUUAGUUAUGAAGACAACGAUUUUCAGUCUAACGAUAAAAGGGACGACUCUCGUAGUUCUGUAAUUGGCACACCACUAUUAGAAAGUUCGGUUGAGUUUAACAAUAAUAACAAUGAUUGGAAGCUAACCGAUCAAAAUACCGACACAAAUGAAUCUCUAUUAAGAAGUGCAUUACAAGGAAAAGCUUUCAUUAGAUAUAGUACGGUACAAAAGAAACUGGACGCAACAACGGAAUUGAAAAGAGUUAUAAUUAACAACAAUAAUAAAUCCGACGUUCCUUCCAUGUACCACGACAGCAAAGACGGCGAUACCGAGCUGUUGAUUCACACACCAACAGGUAACGUCAACAUUUCCAUCUUACUAGAAGAUCCUAAUACGGCAGUGAUCACGAACGGUGACAACCCGACGUCGACGCAAAGUGUGGAUGACAUUAUAUUGUCACAACUGGAUGCUAAUUACCCAGAAGACUAUGAAAAGCUAAAGAGGAUAGCGACGGAGCUAGGCGAGUCUGUGCAGCCGUUCUGCACGGUAGAGCCGCUAGAACCGGCGCGUGGCGUAUACAACAUCCACCACGUUAACGGCGAUAUUGUGACCAUGAUCCCCGCGGGCGAGGUGCAGCUGCCGCACAUGCAGCUGGUCACGGCUUCGCCCGCCGUCACCAGCACCAAGACGGUCAGCAAGAAGUAUAAACGUAUCGCAAACAAGAGCUCGCCGCCCGCGGCACAGCCUCAAACAGGUACAGCAAUCCAGCCCGCCACAUCCACUUCGAACGGCGUGCGGAAAGAGCGGUCAUUGCACUACUGCUCCAUCUGCUCAAAGGGCUUCAAGGACAAAUACUCUGUGAAUGUGCACGUUCGCACGCACACGGGCGAGAAGCCCUUUUCGUGCUCGCUGUGCGGCAAGAGCUUCCGUCAGAAAGCGCAUCUCGCAAAGCACUACCAGACACACAUCGCGCAGAAGACUGCCGCGGCCAACGGCCAGCCAAAGCCCGCCAAGCAGCGGUAACCGCCCUCAUAUUAUUGCUACACUAAUCGUACAUCGAUCUUUUACGUUAAUAGUCAAUAGAACUUUGUCACAGUGAUAACAAUUGUAUUUUAAGCAAAUACCUAAAGGCUGAAACAUCACAGAUGAAUUUGGUAAGGUGCUAAGGUAAAGUAGUAAUUAUCUCAAAGAAUGGCAGUUAUAAAAUAUUGAAGAAAUAUGAAGGAAGUCCGCAGUCUUCGUUUUGUUAAUUUGUAUGUAUUUCCGUCCGUUACCGAACACACGUCUAGCUUUAGCUAAGGACAGGUACUAUUAAGUUUAGUUAUGAGAUUAUCAUAAAAUCUAAGUACAUUUCGUAUUUAUUAGUCAUAUAGCUACAUUUAUUUUAAUGUAACGUUAAAGUCAUAGGUAGGUAUGUUUGUAAUUUUUGCACACAGUUUGGUUCCUGACGAUUUAGGGAUACUCGUUUAUUUUUUGAAUAAACCAUCCCCUCUAGCAUAUUUAAUAGGUAUUAUAAGACGCAAAGUGUUUGACGAGCGUACUGGGAUGACUGCACAGCGGCGGCGCCGCGCCGAGCCGCGCGGUAAUUUCUCUCUCAUCGUGAGACCAACAAAACUUUCUAAAAAAAACAGAGCAAAAGAUUGAGCAAAAUAGCUGAGUACCAUCUUUCACUGCUCGACUAUCGUAUCUCAAUCUCAUCGAUAUCCUUUCAGUUUGGUGGGCGGUUUUAUUUUUUGAAAAGGCAUAUAUACUAAAACAAAGUAAAAAGCAUUCGGUAUUUUAUAAAUUUAUAUUAAGCAUCCUUUAAGGGCGGAAAUAAUUCGAUGACAAAAAAAUAUGUGAGUUAAUUCCACAACCUAAAGCUAAAUAAAUACAUACUGUCAUGGUUAGAUUUUUCUGUCUAAAGAAUAUCUUAUAGCAAUGUCACUAGCUUGAAUUUUAAACUAUUUACAUUGCUACAUGGUUAUGUACAUGAUUAGAUCAAGUUUGUUCGAAAUAAAAACGAAACAAAAAUUUGACAUUACAUACAGCCCACUCACCUCUAAAUGGAUUGUCAGUUAUUAAGAAGUUUGCGCGAGGCAACGUUAAAAUCACUUAGAUUUGUAGGCAUAUAUCCGUCAUCAUUAUCUAUUUCAGAUCGUUUAAAAAAAAACAAAAUAAGUACAUUAUUAUUAUUUAUUACAUGUCAGAGCGCCCUAAUUGCGGACACUGCCGGUUAUAUGAGCGUCGCUAUCGGACGCCACUCGCUCGAGCGGGCUCUCAUUCCCAAUUACAUCUUUCACCUCUUACUGGGAGAGGCCUGAUUACUCCCAGAUUGCUAUAAAUUUGAACAAGCGGUAUUUCAAUGUCGGUCUUUAAAAUUGUGCUCCCUUUCUCGUGUAAUAAAUUGGCCUUCCUUUUCUUUGUUAAGAGGUCUGUACUGUUUCAUUAUAUUCCACAGACAAUGUUUAUCUCUUGUAAAUACAAUAUGUAAGUACCUACUAAACUUUAUAGUGUUGUACAUACAAAGAUCUCACCAGGAGCGGUAGUCAAACUUUAAAAAACUCAAACGCAUCUAACUCGCACCAAUUAGAACGAGACGAAAAAAAGGCGAGUGAUGUCAAAAUAAAACAAAAUUAACAUACAUUUUUAAGUUCGAAUUGCCCUACUGCUGAAAAAUAGGUAAGUAUUAGGGUUAGAGCUACCGGUCAAUAAUUAUUUAUUUAUAGGUUAUUGAUAUUUAAUGACGAAAAACUUUGCACGCAAGCGUAAAGUACUAUUGCUGGGUACAUAAAAACAAAUAAAUCACAGUUCCGUGUAUUAUUUAAUAUUGAAUGUUGUAGAGCAAUUCCAGUUCAUAAUUGCACUUUCACUGUUUUACAAAUUUAGAUCUAAUAGAGCUUUCUAAAGCUACUUUUAACGAAUCCGUUUUAAAAUUACCUAUAUACUUAUCUAAAAUCACAGAUGGAUUUUGUGUUCGUUAAUAGAUUAGUCAGCGUUUUUGGGAAAGCGCAAAUAGUUUUUUUGUUUAGUAACCACAACAGGAAAUGGCUCUUUUUUAAUAAAAUGAAGAAUGACGCAGCAUUGCUUGGGCCGUUAAAUCAGCUGGUUAGGGCCAACAUACACGGAUCUUAAAUUAAGUUUCUCUAUGGCUACAGAUGGAAUAUUGUCUAGGGCCAGGGAAAUAAUUCAGUGACUGUUAAUAUACCUAAUCCAUUGACAAUCAGAUUCUUAUUCUUUUAAGAAUCACAUCACAAGAGCUUAGCCGCCGUCGCAAUACAUUUGAAAUUACGCUCUAAUUUAAACCGACAUGUUGAAAUUUCAGGAACACAUUUCAGGAACCAAUCUGCAUGCAAGGAUAUUGUACUCAAUUUCAUCUUGCCAAUAAAGAGUAAUAUAUACCAGAUGUACCUACAUAUUAUGUAUGACGUAACGUUUUGAGUAUUAUUAAAUGAUCAAACACUGCCUGUAAAUGCUCCUGUAUAAACGAAUGAGUCUGUCUACAAUAAAAAAAUAUAGGUAAUUUAUGCUUCUUUUAGAUGGUUUUCUACUUAAUAAUAUAAUUUGUUUGUAGUUUUACGAAGCCUGAUGGGAUGCCUUUGAGAAUACUCAUUUUGUGUAUAUAUUUAAAAGAAAAUAAUAAAAGCAAAAACCUUAAUUGCGUCAUAAAAAUUACUCUACCUACCACUUUGUAUCUCAUUAGAUGGUAUUUUGAAAGUUAGCGAAUUUAUAGAUGAUUAGUUAAGUGGUUAGACACAUUGAGAGAUUUACCAAUAUAUUUUAAGAAGCUAUUGCUACCUUAUUAAAUUAUGCGAGUGCAUAAAUGGUUGUUAAUAUAUUCCUGUAAUAUAUUAAACUAUGUUCGUUUUGAGACUUAUUUCGAAAAUGAGAUUAUGAUGAUAUGAUUUAUUUUAUUGCAUUUGUUCCUGAGUUGAAUUUUAGAUUUUAUUAAUAAUUAAUUAAGUCAUUAUUAUUUAUAAGAUGUUUAUGUAUAAGUAAAUCGUGCAUGAGUAUUUUAAUGUUUAUGUAGUAGAUAUGAGCGUAGUUUUAGGGGCGUUGUGGAUGAAAAUAGUAAUAGAUAUAGUAGCAUACGGAUAAUGGUACAGACCGGCGUACUGUAAAUAUAAUGUUACGAAACGAUAAUUUAUUUGGAAACCUCCUGUCUGGCCAUCCGCGACACGCCGCUCGCACCGGCGAUGGUAUCCUUGUCCACUUCACCCUUAAAUAGAACCCGUCCUGGAAACUACCCUACCUUGAUUAUUUAUUUGAAAUUAUUGUUAAGAUGACACAUGAAACACAAAAUCGUAUUUGUAUUUUGAUUAACCCCGAGCUGUGAUUUUUGCUUAUUUUGUAUAAUCUUUAGAAUCAGUGAAUAUAUGUCAGAGGUGUCGAGUCUGACUCGGAUCACUGAGGUCUUCCAAGGUCUAAGCUGUCGGCUGACGUCCGCCGGCUUCCGUUAUGACUAUUAUACAACACAGGUCAUAAUAUAAUAUAUCAUUGUACCUACUUACCAUAUUUUUAAAAGAUUUACAGAUUCGUAUUGGAUUUCAUAAUUUUUUACUUUCCUACGUUAGUUUUGUAAUAAAAUGUUUUUAAAAUA